UGUCAACGCAUAUUGAAGUUUGAUGCGGCCGACUUUCAAAACUACGUGGAAGUAGCGUGGAGGAUUUGGCAGCCAAGUAUACAUUGAAUUGAAGUCGAAAGAUUCUGUUGACUGAAGACAGAAGUUUGGUUUGACUGGAAGAGUACAGUUUAGUCAGUUAAGUGUCUACUGAAUUGAGUGAAAAGUAUUCCAUAAUGUCUAAAACUCUAAAUAAAGGUUUCACGAAAGAAGAAGAGCUCCUUCUACAAGAUUUCAGUAGAGAUGUAUCAACAAAAUCAUCCGCUUUAUUUUAUGGUAACGCACUUAUAGUAUCAGUUAUACCAAUAUGGUUAUUCUGGAGGAUUCAUAUGAUAGAUGUUUAUUCUUCAUUAGUCCUUUUUGUUAUUGUUUCUGGUGUUUCUACAUUCUUAUUGGCAAUGGCAUAUAGAAAUACAAAAUUCACCCUGAAGCACAAAAUAGCUGUUAAAAGAGAAGAAGCAGUUACCAGAGAGCUUGGAAAGAAACUGGCAGAAGAUAAAAAAAUGAGUAAGAAGGAGAAAGAUGAGAGAAUCUUGUGGAAGAAGAAUGAGGUAGCAGAUUUCGAAGCUACCACUUUCUCCAUUUUCUACAAUAAUGCCCUAUUCUUGACUAUUGUCAUCGUUGCAAGUUUUUAUGUUCUACGUUCAUUCACACCUACCUUCAAUUAUGCCUUGUCAAUCAGUUCAACAGCUGGUUUGUUAGCUUUAUUGUCCACAGGAAAACAAUAAGACUAUGAACAAUUUAUUAUUUAAUUGAUCAACAAUUAUUAAAUUAUAUUAAAUUUUUGUACAAUAUUGAACUCUAUAAAUACUCCUACUGGGUCAAAG